UCUUAAUAUAUUUAACAAAUUUUCUUCCAUAAAUUAAUGAUUUAUAGUUAAAUAAGGAUAGUUCUUAUAUAAAAAUGAUAAUGCACUACAUGUAGCUGUUUCUUAAUUUCAUGCCAAUACCUACAGUUAUAGCUUCUCGAAAUCGUUGUAUUUUAAUUUGAAGUUUUGUAUCAGAAGUUGCAGUGCAAAAUGAUACACAGUUUAUUUAUUAUAAAUCCUUCCGGUGAUGUGUUUCUUGAGAAACACUGGAGGAGUGUUAUACCUCGAUCAGUAUGUGACUAUUAUUUAGAAGCCCAGAGAGCAUCUCCAUAUGAUGUUCCUCCAGUGCUGGCUGCACCUCAUCACUAUUUGAUUUCUAUACAGAGAGGUGGGGUAGCUCUUGUAGCAGUCAGUAAGCAAGAAGUGGCCCCAUUAUUUGUGAUAGAGUUCUUGCACAGAGUGGUUGAUACAUUCCAGGAUUAUUUUUCAGACUGUACUGAAACCAUUAUAAAGGAAAAUUAUGUAGUUGUUUAUGAGUUGUUAGAUGAAAUGUUAGACAAUGGCUUCCCUCUGGCAACGGAAAGCAAUAUAUUGAAAGAAUUAAUCAAACCUCCCAACAUAUUGAGGACGAUUGCCAAUACAGUGACUGGAAAAUCAAAUGUUUCGUCGAUAUUACCUUCUGGUCAACUGUCAAAUGUCCCAUGGCGGCGGUCUGGUGUUAAAUAUGCAAAUAACGAAGCAUAUUUCGAUGUUAUUGAAGAAGUCGACGCUAUUAUAGACAAAAGCGGCGCAACUGUUUCUGCUGAAAUCCAGGGAUAUAUUGAUUGCUGCAUUAAACUGAGUGGGAUGCCAGAUUUGACGCUUACUUUUAUCAAUCCCCGACUCUUUGAUGAUGUUUCAUUUCAUCCCUGUGUUCGAUUUAAGCGUUGGGAGUCUGAACGAAUAUUAUCUUUUAUACCACCGGACGGUAGCUUCCGAUUGAUGUCAUACCAUAUCGGGUCACAGAGUGUGGUGGCCAUUCCAAUGUAUGUAAGACACAACCUUACACUGAGGUCGAACGGAGACCAGGGAAGACUAGAUCUGACUGUAGGACCGAAGCAAACUAUGGGACGAGUUUUAGAAAAUGUAGCACUAGAGAUCUGCAUGCCAAAGUGCGUUCUGAAUUGCUCACUAACGGCGAACCAGGGCAAGUAUUCAUACGACCCGGUCAGCAAGGUGUUGCUAUGGGACGUCGGCCGGAUCGAGUUACCCAAGCUGCCAAACAUCAGAGGAAGUGUAUCGGUAGCGUCUGGUGCAGAUACCACCGGAGCGAACCCAAGCAUUAACGUGCACUUCACCAUCCCUCAGCUAGCCGUCAGUGGGCUGCGAGUAAGCCGGCUCGACAUGUACGGCGCUAAGUAUAAACCCUUUAAGGGCGUUAAAUACGUCACGAAAGCGGGAAAGUUCCAUGUUAGAAUGUAAUAUUUUGUAUUUUCUCUAACAAGGGGCCAUCCAUAAAUUGCGUCACACGAAUUUUGAAUCCUCCCCCGUCUUUGUCACAGCUGGUCACAUUUGUGAGACUCCGCCCUCUCUAGGGAGCAGUUCCGAAAUUAUUUUUAUAUCCUUUUAAAUUAUUUUUUAAUAAACAUGAACAUCAAGGCAAACAUUUCAAGAAAUAAAGAAUUCAAAAAAGUUACUUUAUUAAAUACUAGCGUACCCAGCCCGCUUCGCCGGGCUAGAUUUUGCUUUAUUUUAUUUAAAUAAUAAACUUACAUCAUUAAAUUUUUAAUUUAAGUCUCAUA